UUGGUCGGGAAGGCGAGGGGGUGGGCGCAGCGUUGGGGUAGGUACCGUGGGUGCGGUCGCUCCCGCUACUCGUUGGCACAGCGGAGUUCGGUUGGGUUGGCUCGUUGAGGUUGGCGGUUGUGAGUCUGUUCUUAGCAGCCGGCUCUGAUCGUGCUUCUGUAGCUCCGCAACGCCCUUCCUGCUCGGGGGUCUCCUAAGCUUACAAAAUGGCUGACGGACGGGACGUCGCAUCGGAUCAGCUGAAGCAGUGGCAAAGCCAGCGAGGCUCGCAGAAGCCAGAUGCCUUGACCACUGCUGCUGGCAAUCCAAUAGGAGAUAAGCUUAAUGUUAUGACAGUUGGGCCACGAGGACCUCUUCUUGUUCAAGAUGUUGUUUUCACUGAUGAAAUGGCUCAUUUUGACAGAGAGAGGAUUCCUGAAAGAGUUGUACAUGCAAAAGGAGCAGGUGCCUUUGGCUAUUUUGAAGUGACUCAUGAUAUUACCAAGUACUGCAAGGCAAAAGUGUUUGAACACAUUGGAAAAAAAACCCCAAUUGCUAUAAGGUUCUCCACUGUUGCUGGGGAGUCUGGGUCAGCUGAUACAGUUCGUGACCCUCGAGGCUUUGCAAUGAAAUUCUAUACAGAAGAAGGUAACUGGGACCUUGUAGGAAAUAAUACUCCUAUCUUCUUUAUUCGGGAUGCAAUGUUGUUUCCAUCCUUCAUCCAUAGUCAGAAGAGGAAUCCUCAGACUCAUUUGAAGGAUCCAGAUAUGGUAUGGGACUUCUUGAGUCUUCGCCCUGAGUCUUUGCAUCAAGUGUCUUUCACAUACAGUGAUCGUGGUAUUCCUGAUGGAUAUCGUCACAUGAAUGGAUAUGGAUCUCAUACUUUCAAACUUGUUAAUGCUAGUGGGGGAGCUGUUUACUGCAAAUUCCACGUUAAGACUGAUCAGGGCAUCAAAAAUCUUUCUGUUGAAGAAGCAGGGAGGCUGGCUGCUACUGAUCCUGAUUAUGGAAUUCGUGAUCUUUACAACGCCAUAGCCAAUGGAAACUAUCCUUCUUGGUCUUUCUACAUUCAAGUUAUGACUUUUGAAGAAGCAGAGAGGUUCCCAUUUAAUCCUUUUGAUUUGACUAAGAUUUGGCCACAUAGUGACUACCCUCUCAUUCCGGUGGGCAAGAUUGUCUUGAACAGGAAUCCUGUCAAUUACUUUACGGAGGUGGAACAGAUGGCAUAUGAUCCUAGUAACAUGCCACCUGGUAUUGAACCUAGCCCUGAUAAGAUGCUGCAGGGUCGUCUUUUUGCAUAUCCUGACACUCACAGACAUCGUCUGGGACCAAACUAUCUGCAAAUUCCUGUGAACUGCCCCUACAGGGCUCGCGUGGCCAAUUACCAGAGGGACGGGCCCAUGUGUGUGUCUGACAACCAAGGUGGUGCCCCAAACUAUUAUCCAAAUAGCUUUACUGGUCCAGAAGAUCAGCCUGCUUUGAAGGAGAGCCGCAUGUGUGUUUCAGGAGAUGUGCAGCGUUUUAGUAGCGCAGAUGAAGAUAAUGUGUCUCAGGUGCGAGACUUCUAUCUCAAAGUGUUGAAAGAGGAUGAACGCCAAAGGCUGUGUAAAAACAUCGCUGAUCAUCUUAAAGAUGCUCAACUUUUCAUUCAGAAGAGAGCUGUGAAAAACUUCACUGAUGUUCAUCCUGACUAUGGUGCGCGUAUUCAGGCACUGCUGGACAAAUACAAUGCUGAAAGUGGGAAAAAGGAUGUAAUUAGGACAUACGCACAAGCCACUUCUCGUGUGUCUGCCAAAGAGAGAUCCAACUUGUAAAGUGUGCUACAGAGAAUUACCAUAUGAGUUUUGCGUCCAUACAACUGCAGGACAUCCUGUUGAAAAUGUUAUUGAAUGUAGCAGAAUUCCUCACAAAUUUUUUACAGGCUUGAUUUAUUAAGCUUUCAAGUGCCUGUAUCUGUACUGGAAACAGUAAGUAACACAAGCUAACAAUCCUAGUGCCUUUCAACACUAGUGCUUUACUGCUUGCUAAAAACAUGGUGUUUUCAAGGAAACUAAUUACAAAGUUUUCAUUUCCAAGAGAAAACAUAAUUUAAAGUUCUAUUCCUUUUUUUUUUUCUUCUUUUUUUAAAUUUAAAAAUUUCUCUGGUUAAAUUGCACAAUAGGACUUAAAUACUGAUACUGUGAUUAUCCUUAUGGAUAAACUUGUUCAUGUUAAAAAGCUGAGAUUACUUAGUAUUUUUAGUGAAGUAGUUACCUGUGUGUAUUUGUAGGCUCUUCCUUUUCAAUUUCAUUUUUGUCUUCCUGAAUUAAAACAAUACCUAUGCACUAGUUCUGGUAAAAUACUGGUUAUUUCUUAAUUCCUGUUGUCAAAAAUGAGUCUGAAUAGGAAGCUUAUCUCGUAUAUGUAAUUUUCAUUCCAAACGCUUAUUGAAGGUAACAAAUCUCUACUUAUUAAAGCGGUGUCAGAGAUAACUGAUCUCAGGGAGACAGUGAGGGCAGUUACUUCUGUAAGGGGUGAAAAAUGUUUUUUCUUAUUUACAAGAAUUUAAAUUGAAAAACAUUGAUUUUUCCAAAUGUGUGGAAUAUUAACCUCUGAAUACAUUUACUUAUAAGCUUAGGUGCUUUAAACUAUUUCCAAUAGCUCCUGAAGUUAUUUCACUGCUGUAAUCUGAUGUUGUUGUUUGUUGCUUAAGCCAGAGCUGGUUUUCAGAAUUAAAGUCUAAUUGAAAACGGUAUGUUUGUAUGAAUAUGCAUGUAUCUUUACUGGAAUAAAAGGGAUAACGCCUGAUUUUAGGCAUGCUGGUAUGUUGUGCACUGUUUGCAAUUUAGUUAAUUAGUACAAAAAGAAAUUGAAACCAUUUGGAUUAAGAUGUAUUCUUUAUUCUUAUAGUUCAAAGGAGUUUCUUUAGCAUAUUGACAUUUUAUCUGCGGUUUUGGAGUAUGACCUUUAAUAGUACUUUAUGAACUGAGACAUAAGUGUUUGUAUUUUAGCUAUACACAGUGUGUUCAUACAACAAAGCCAUGGCUUAAGCUAUUUUUUUUCUAGAGGCCAAAAUCUCAGCAAGUGUUUUUUCUUAAUUAACGUGAAAGUAUCACCCAGUUAUGGGGUAACUAGUGUUCAAACAGAUGGCUGAAAUUUAGAAUAAAAGUUUGUCAUACUUAUUACACAUCUAAGCUACUCCUAAUAGAGUAAAAAUGGUUUUCUAACUGCACACAUUAAGCAAUUUGCCAUGCAUCUAUCUUUCCAGCAAGUAUUAAUAAUUCUGCCUGUUACUUCUCCCUCUUCCCUUACCAGAGAGUAAGAUCGAUGCAUAUAUGUAAUCAGUCCAGAUCUUAGUUAUGCAACAUUGCCCUCAAUUUGAAAUAUAUCCUUGCCUUGUUUGCCUGCCAGUAUUGCUUCACUAGCAUUUGGAUUGGAGGAAGCAUGAAUGAUGAUAAAUGAUUUCAGAGCUGAGAUACUACCUUUUAAGCAAAUAUUAUACAAGUUUCAACAGUUGGUGCAUUUGCAGAUCUGCUUUGAAUUGUAUUUAGAGUAGGUGUACUUCUGGAUUUAGAUUUCAAGCAUGAAUUGGCUUUAUGUGAAAUGAUACAGACAGAUUAAAAAAAAAAAAUUGAUAAAGUUAACUAAAAACAUUGUAUAAAGCUACUCCAAUUCAUUUACAUGCUAACCUGUUGUGAAAAAAGAUCUGUGUGAUAAAGUAAAAUGAUACUGAACGAUGGUCUGUUUUACCCUGGGGUUUGUCUGGGCAGUUCUGUGGUCAGGCUGGUGGGAAAUGAAAGAGCUGCAUAAAUGGGCAGGAGUUUUUCUUGCUGGCACAGAGAAUCUGAAUGAGUUUUGGGAAAGAGUGAGCAAGACUUAGUCUGUAAUUUUUGUGAUCUCUGGUAAACAGAUUAUGUUGCUUUUUAUUUCUGAAAUAAAACAAUUAAAAACUUCUUAGCUA